AUGAAUACAUUCGCGAUCAAAUUUCUAGAUGGUCAUAUUAUUGUUAACCUCAAUCAAUUCGAUUAUGUUAUCGAUACUGGCUCUCCAAUGUCAUUUGGAAGUGGAACAAAUAUUAUUAUCAAUGGAAUACAUUUUCCGAUACCAAAUGCUGACAUAAGUGGAGUUACAGCUGAUUCACUCAGUAAAUUAAGUGGUCUAAAGAUCGAUGGAUUGAUUGGUAUGAAUAUUCUCAAGAAUUUCGAUAUUCGAUUUACUCGAACUCAUAUUACUUUUUCCAAUACACCUUUUCUUCAUGGAGAUACAGCAAUCAAAUUACCUAUCAUAGAUAUGAUCAUGACCAUUCCUAUUAUAACUUUGAAAAUUGAAAAUACAAAUCAUAGAUUAUAUUUUGAUACUGGUGCUAAAAUAUCGUAUCUGAGUGAUGAUCUUCUUAUUGGCACAUCUAUUGGUGAAAUGGAUGAUUUUCAUCCUAUGAUAGGUACUUAUAAAACGAAUGUUUACAAAAUUGAUGUUAACAUCAAUGGGAACGUGGAAACAUUGACAUUUGGCUCAUUACCCGCAUCACUUCGUAUGUUAUUAACGAUGGGUCGAGCGAAAGGCGUCCUUGGAACUGAACUAUUAAACAAAUAUUCCAUCAUUCUCUCUAACUUAAACAAAGUCUUGGUGUUAGAAUUGGCUGGUGAGGAAACUUCUUUCGAUCAGCAUCAAAACUCAAUCAUUGACGAACCAAGUUUAGAUUAA